GAAAUGUUUACCUCGACUCAAUGAGAAGCAGGAAGUAAAAGAAAUCUUUAUGUCAAGCUGGCUGGUGACUUCUGGCGUUACCUUCAUCUGUACAUGUUUAACUUGAGGGAGUGUUGAUGUCUUUGGAUGAUCUCGUCACAGAUUAAAUGGAGUACACGUCGGACACUCUUCCAAUGGAUAACAUUUCCCUCCCCUUCUCUGCUCUCUCCCUCUGCCCCACCGCCGCCACACUCUUCUUCCUCCCCUCUGCCUACAUGCUCCUCUUCCUCACCGCUCUCCCGGGUAACGCGCUGUCUUUGUGGGUGUUCCGGCGGUGCAUCUCCUCCAUCUCCCCCAUCCAUGUUUGUCUGUCCCACCUGAGUAUCUCCAACCUGAUGCUGUCCAUCACCACACCCUUCCUUGCCGCCUACUACGCCUGGGGCUCAAUCUGGUCACUGAGUGGCGCCUGGUGUCAGCUGGUCCUGCACGGUAUCACCCCGGUGCUCCACAUCAACAUCUACAUUAGCAUGAUGAUCCUCACUUGGGUCGCCCUCAGUCGCUUCGCAGCCCUCAUCCAGAACACCCACGCCUCCAGGCCGAGUGGCUGCACGAAGCUGCUGCCAAACGCCUUCUUCUCCCAUCUCAAAAGGACCUCCUUUGCCACCAGGGUGUGUGCCGGAGUGUGGGCAGUGACAGUAGGGUGCAUAGUGCCGAUUACAGUUUACUACUCAGUAAAAGAAGCUGUUAGCGUCAACGCUUCAGCAAGAAGUGGAUGUGUGGAGGUGUGCUACAGCCCUGAUGUGGAAAUAGGGGGUAGUCUGUCUGCGACUUUCACCAUCCCUGUUAUCAUCAUGUUCUUUCUGUUCUACCUGCUGGUGCUUCUCUCCUACAUGACUGUGUUAAGGCAUAUCAGACGCUCACGCCGCAGCACAACCGUCACCACCUCCCUCAGCCUGCUGGGUAGGGUGCUCCGAAACAUCGUGGUCAUCCAGGUUGUAAUUUCAGUUUGUCUGCUGCCAUACCAUAUCUUCAAACCCAUCUUCCUGUCUCGGGCCCAUGACCUACGUCAGCUGACAUAUUCACCUGGUCCCAACACCUGCAGCCACUGUCAUCCACUCUCUUCCUUGAUCGAGCUGAAGAACUGCCUGUUUCUUCUGGCUGCACUGAGAGGUUCAACGGACCCUCUGAUGUACUUCCUGUUAGACAAGACCUUCCGUCAUCAAACCCUCAGAAUUUUUGGGUACGACCAGAACAAUGCUGGACACCAACAGACGUGUUCGCAAACAGGAAGUGCCACUAAUAGGGCUGGGCAGCUGCAGGAUGGAAAUGUGGCCACCGCUACCGCAGACACAAGUCAAGGAAGUGUUUUGUAGGCGGCAAAUGUUUCUUUUAAAAGCAGCCUGAUGUAUAAAAUGCAUAGUGUUCAGAAAUAUAUGAAUCGCAUUGUCUUCUUAUGAUGUCACUCUGUCUUUUACAAAACCCAAAAUAAAAAAAAUGA